AUGUCUAUCUUUCUCUCUUUCAUCCUACUCUUACCUCUCCUUUUAAUCUUCUUGAAACAUCUCUCGCCCUCUAAAGGGAAGCUUCCUCCAGGGCCUAUAGGUCUUCCCCUCAUUGGAAACUUGCAUCAACUUGGAAAAUCCCUUCACAGAUCUUUCCAUAAAAUCUCUCAAGAUUAUGGACCCGUGAUGUUUCUUCGAUUCGGCGUGGUCCCUGUGGUUGUCUUCUCCACAAGAGAAGCAGCUGAAGAAGUUCUCAAGACUCAUGAUCUCGAGACUUGUACUAGACCAAAGCUAUCUGCGACCAGGUUGUUUUCGUACAACUACAAAGACAUUGGCUUUGCUCAGUACAAUGAUGAUUGGAGAGAGAUGAGGAAGCUUGCGAUGCUCGAGCUCUUUAGCUCCAAAAAACUUAAAGCGUUCAGGUAUAUCAGAGAAGAAGAGAGUGAAUUGCUCGUCAAGAAACUCUCGAAAUCUGCUGAGACGCAAACUUUGGUGGAUUUGAGAAAAGCUCUUUUCUCUCUUACCGCGAGUAUCAUAUGUAGACUCGCUUUUGGACAGAACUUCCACGAGUGCGAUUUUGUCGAUAUGGACAAAGUUGAAGAGCUUGUGCUCGAGUCUGAGACCAAUCUUGGCUCAUUCGCGUUCACUGACUUCUUCCCCACGG